CGCUGUUUGGCAAAUGCGCUUCUCUCACAGCGGCCCCCCACUCUCUAGUCUGCUGUCCUACUCGGUUUUAACGUUGUUUCUGCUGUCUGCUCUAUCCACAGCGUGCUUGAGUUUGCCUUAGGCCAGGAUGGCUGCCCGUCUUCUCCGAUGCAUGGCCCCUCUCGCAUCCAUGGCCCUGCUCCAAUGCAGGCGCUCCCGUAUAUCCGCAGGGCCACUCCUAACACUGACUCCGCCCACUGCGCUAGGAACGUGCCGGAGUAAGAAGACAUGGCCCAAAACGUUCCCCGAGGAGGAGCUGAGGAAGCGAUUGACCCCCAUGCAGUACCAUGUUACUCAGGAGAAGGGCACAGAGAGUGCUUUCACAGGAACAUAUGUCGAUAAUAAAGAGGAAGGAACCUACCACUGUGUCGUUUGCGGUGCUCCUCUUUUCAUGUCUGAUAAGAAGUUCGACUCCGGAUCAGGAUGGCCGUCCUUUUUUGAUUUGAUCAAUAAGGACGAUAUAAAAUUAACGGACGACUUUUCCUACGGAAUGCACCGAGUGGAGACAACCUGCAGUCAGUGUGGUGCUCACCUGGGCCACCUCUUUGAUGAUGGACCUCGACCAACUAAGAAACGCUACUGCAUAAACUCCGCUUCCCUCAAUUUCCAGUCGAAAAACAGUGCAUCAAAGGAGGUGGAAGCAUCUGGGGGAGCAGGUCAAUCUCCAUCUUCUAGUAAGAGUGAAGAACUUUAAUAGGACUUGAAGUAGAUCAAACAGAUGUCACGCUACUCCAAAUUCACAUCCGUACUAUAAAUUCCAAAUCAAGUGCAAGUGCAAUAUUCGUCUGAAUGAUCGGUCAUUCAAGAUCAUAAUAUGCAACAAUAUCAGUGUCCAGAUAACAGAUUAGAAUGGCCUUAUGUUUGCACCUCAACUUCUUCUCUUGAAUUGAGUCAUCUGAGCUCACAUCGCUUCCAAGAACAUACAGGUACAUUGGGUACAAAGGUCUGAGACCACAUUGGAUUUUUAGUUUUUUUUUUAUUUAUAUUCAUUCUCUUCCGUUGAAGCUCAAGAUGCUCUUUGGAUCAUUCUCAAAUCAUGCUGGAGAACAUGACAAUCAGGUUGUAAACAAACUUGUGGAGUUCGUGCAGCAAACGGAGGACAAACCAAAUAGGUUUUCUCAUAUUCAUGGUGAACUUAAAUUGUUAUUCUGAUAUUCUGAAUAUAAUUUGUUAUGGAAAAAUAGUUUACAAUAGUGGUCUCUGACUUUUUUGGACCCCACUGUAUAUUCAAUAUCCAAUGAUUGGUAGCAAAUUAUAAAUGUAUACUUUCUCAGAGUGCUGUGUUGUUUUUGAAGUGGCAUGUGUUACAGGGAGGUCAAGAAGUUUGAGGAAAAUGCUAUGCAAGUGCUCCUGUGAGCAGUAAAAUAAGCACCGCGUGGAGAACAAAGCAUUCUUUGAAAUAAAAUGGAACAGUUGACAAAUGUUUAGUCUGAACACAAAUGUAGCCUGACUUUUAAGGGUGCUUUUUUUGGUCUCCCUGCUUGCAGUGCCUAUUUUUGUCCUAAGUUGAUUUUUUUUCUCCUUUGAUAUUGAUUCACUUUGAUUUGACAGAAUUUAAUUCAUAUUGACCUGUGUGAUUAAAAAGAUAUUAAGAAUAA